AUGGAUGUCGAGAAUUUCGGAACCAAACAGCGGCCAGCGACUGCAGCGUUGACUUGGCAUUCUGGGCCUCUCAAGCUGCCCGGCCAAACGAUCGCGGCCAAGAUCCGCGAGGCCGAGAAGCCCCUGAAGCGUCUCUUCAGGGAAGCUUUGUCUGCUGGGAUCGUCUCCCACCAUCCCCAGGGCCAAGACUCAUUUGUCGUGACUCUUCCUGAGAAUCGCAUUGCAGGAAACUGCUUCGUGAACGCUAAGGCCGUAAAAUUGGCCAACCAUUACCUUCCUGACAACAGGUUGGCAUUUGGGUACAGUUCAGAGAGGUACACUCUCGCUCUCUACUCUAACUGGACCCAGCCCUUGGACCAGAUGAGAGAGGCGGUCCUCCUGACCUGGAACAUGGUCAUGCUGCCAUACAUGGAGGUGUUAAGACAAAGGGAUUGUCGCCUGGACGACUUCAUCACGAGUGUGCUCGUAAAUGAGCACGGAGCCAGUGAUAUAGUCGUCGAGGCGACAACCCCUCUGCCUCAACACCUCCGUAUUUGGCAGCACGGUUUAAGGCUCACUGCGACUCAGGAAGAGCCUCACAAGGCGACCGAGGAGUUCAUCAAUUCUUCGUCGCGGAGAAACACCAUCACCUAUAGCAAACCUCAGUCUGCGCCUCUUGUGGCUUCUCCCACCGCUUCUGCCGCCCCCUUCACCCCUACGAUUCAAGUGGCCAAAUCCGCAGAGAGACAUGGCAUGAAUGACUCCAUCCGCAACAGCGCUGCCGAGCCUCCAAAGAUCCCCGAGCCUGCUGCGACAUUGCGGCUCACCCCCGAGACGCCUUCGUUGCAGAGUCCCUUCCCUUCGACGUUGCCCGCCAACCUAUACAGACAAUCGACAUCGUCCCGGAGGGAACUUGGGGAACGCUCUCCGCCAUCUCGCACAUACCGGAUCCCGUCGCCACCGAGGGCAUCUUCUCGCAUCUAUCCCACACAGCAGCACGACAUAACGUCUCGCGGAAAAGCUCGCCAUGAGGAGCCUCAUUGUUAUGAGCUUCGUGGCGAGCAGCCUCGGAUACCAACAGUCGGCUGCGCCUGA